CCUGUGCUGUUCAUAGAAGUGGAAGUUAUGUGGUUUCAGACUGAGCACUUGCUGUCCUGAGGAAGUACCACACAUUCGACUAGACUAUAUCCUCUCUAAAGAUGUGCUGCGCAUCAAUCCAUCUCCUCAUUGGUGCCUUAUUUGUCUUCGCUGUUGAAAAUGAGGCAACAACAACAUCAAUGAUAAGCAGCACAGAAAUCACCACUGCUCCAGUUUCAAUGGCUGUUGACACCACCACCCUAUUCUAUAAAACAUCUAAUGACUUUCCAGACAACAUUACUACUCCGAACUCCACUGUCGCCUUGUCAAACAUGGCAGAUGGGAAUACUACAUCAGAUGGACAAUCAGAUUCACCUACGCCUCCGCCCCCAGAACAUCCGCAGACCAACAAUUACACCACAGACAAACCGCAAUCCAGCACAAAAACUAUGAUCAAAGGCACAACAAGCAGAACAACCACAACUCCAGCAAAAAAACCUCGCGCCACAAACAAUGGAUCAGCACUUUACAUAAUUAUCCUGAUUGUUGUUGUUUUGUGCCUCUCGGGAAUAGUAGUUUAUUGUUGCCUUCAAAAGAACUCCAGGAAGUACGCUGUGGACUUACAUCCCAAACAAGAUGCUCAGAUCCCACUCAGCACAGUGGAUAUAGAUGUGAUAGACACCACAUCAGUCAAAGAUAUUCAAACAUUCACUCCUGUCGAGUCCACCGUGCCGCUUCAAGACCCUGCGCCUGUGAAGGAAGCUGAAAAACCUGAGGGAGGAAAAGAAUCAGCUGAUGUUAAACAAGAAAACCCACAGAAUUUAUCCAGCACUCAGGCCACAGUGAACACAAAGGAUAAAACGGAUGGGCUGGCCAUAGUGGAUCUGACUGAUGGAGAACUGACGACCUCCACCAAAACCUCAAUGGAAUCCCUAGAUGAUGUCCUAAAUGAAAACAACAGCAACAAUACAGGAGCUGAAGUCAACGGCAAUGGGCAUGAAUUCACUGAAAUCUCUAUUGAUACUUUACCUCUAAAAUAAAUCAGCCUCUUCCCAACAUUUUACAAUGCUCUCUGAACAAGACUGAUGGAUUUUUUUAAACUGGAAGCAAAAGCUGAACUGAACUGAACUGUUUUUUUUUUUUUUUUUUUUUUUUUUUUGUAAAAACUAAAAUUUUUAAUUGGUUUGUGUUGUUUAAGGGUUAAAUGAAAUAUACUGUACAUAAACUUAACGGAGAAACUUAAUGGAGUUUGUACUUUUACAUUUAGAAUAAUAUUACCUAUUAUGUUUUAAUACUAAUUUAUGAAAAUCUAAUCUAAUCUUAAAAAGAAUAAUUUGUACAUUUUCAACCAGCGUUGUAUUGUUGGUGAUUGUAUGUAAAUGAACAAUGUGUACUCUUUUUCCGUGUUAUUGGACCCUGAUAUUCCUGUUUAUUUUCCAAGCUAAAGGAUGCUUGAAAGUCGGAUCGAUAGAGCAUAUUUAUCAAUAUAUAAAAUAUAUAAAGAUCUAAAGUGUAUUAUGAGUGUUGACAUUUAUAGCAAAAAGGAUAUUUGUACGUUGUACAUUGAAUACAUUUUUAAUUAAAAUAGAUGUGUAAAGUUACGUAUACGGAAAUCUAUAGUGCUAUAGAGCUCACAGUUCCUCUGUUGUAUGUAUAUUUAUGUUAUAAUGCCUAUAACUGUUAACUGUAAAACUUAGACAUUGGCAUAAUACAACUUUCAUCACUUUACGUUUUUGAUUUCUAAAUUUUAUAUUUUUGUAUUUCUUUUAAUCUCUGUGUAAUGCUUUCACUGUUGAAAAUGUCCAUUGGACAUUAUGUUUUGGGUUAAAGUUUUAUUCAUUUGUUUUAAUCUAUUUUCUUAAACUUUAAUUUUCACAGACGAAAGAUAUCGGUCUAUUGUAUUGUUGGGUGCAACAUGGGUUUAUAAUCAGGUGCUUCUACCUUCUUAUAUCAGUUUUGUCAAGUAAAACAAUAAAAAUUGAACUUGAUUAUAAAUAUCAUUUAUUAUUACUUGUAGUUUACAUAAAUCUCUUUCUGGAAUAACAGACUUGGUUUUUAAAUAAACAUACUUUUAGUUGAAGACUUCUAUAUCAAAUUGUAGUUUCUAAUAUUAAAAGUUCAUGUUUUUUCUGCCCAUCUAACACUGAUUACUACUGCAACUACAGUUGCAAAAUCAAUUUGUCAGGUGCAUGUUCUGUCUGUAAUAAAGCAAGUUUACUGAGAA